CCAACUGAAUUAAACACAUGUGUCAAUCUAUCUCAAAACUACAAUUCUUUUUGGGGGCGAAGGUUAAUUUCCGGCGCAUGUAAUUUAAUUGCCUCCUCUUCGAAAUCCAUGAACUUUUGAUCGACGAUGAAGAAUUCGGACAACAAACGGCUUCUUGUGAUACGUAACCGUGGACAGUUUGGUAAGUAUGAAUUUACCGCUCUUUGUCCGCGAGAUUUAUCUGAAAUCCGUGACGAAAGUUUCGAACUUCCUUUUCUGUAUCCAAGGUCAGUAAUUCAUUUUAAUAGUUGCCGGGAUUUGAUAUGUAUCUACGAACUUGAAGGCCAUAUUUAUGUUUUGAACCCCACAACCAAACAGUGUCUGUUGUUUCCUACCGAGGAAGUCUCUCAAUUUGAUGAGAAGCAAACCUUGUUGCUUGGUGCUUGUAUCGGCUAUGAUUCUAAAUGUGAUGAUUACAAAAUCCUAAGAGUUUGUGAACGUGUUAUAAUGGCACCCUCUUAUAGGACGCUCAAUACUUAUCAGUUGUAUUCGUUCAAAGAGGAUUCUUGGAACCAAAUUGACCGUGUUGCUAAUCCUGAUGAUACAUCUAAGUCUAGUUUUCAAGCUGCAUUUGUUAGAGGUAAAUGUUAUUGGUGUGUUGCGCUUGACAGAAUUGAAUCGUGGGAUUGUAGUGAGAAAACCUUAUCUUACAUUGAUUUCCCACCAGAGCGUCGUAUCACUAGAUAUGGUCAACUUGUCCAGAUUAAUGGUGGAGAUUCGUUAGGUUUUGUUGGCUUUUCGGAUCGAGAUCCUAAAGUGGGUCAUGAUUAUGAGGUUUGGGUAUGGAGUGAAGAGUUAAAGAGGUGGGAUAGACAGUUUAGUGUCUCUCUUGGUGGUGCUGUGGGUAGACCAGUGGGGACUAUAUUUGGUACAUUCUUGUUUCUUCAUGGAAUGGCUGGCACACCGGAUGAGUACAUACGUCGUCUAGUAGCUUAUGAUUGGAGUAAGGAUGACUGCAAGGAAUCCUGCAAGGAACUCGGUAUUCGUAAUUAUCGCUUUAGAAUCAAUGUCCUCUGUUAUGUCGAGGGCACCGUUGUACUGCCCUGUGGAAAGCAUGGAAAGGCAAUCUCUGGAUCCUCAAUUAUUAAUAAUCCUCCUAUAGUCACGGUCGGCCCUCCUGAAAAGUAUUGCAUUUGCGGUUGUCAUCACGGGACCAAGAACCCUUUUCGAUGCAAGUGUUGUAAACUUUACUCCGAUGUCUACAAGCUUGAUCUUGAAGAUUUUGCUUAUAAUGGAUUCCGCGUCCUUCGUGAUAUAUCAAAGAAGCAAUUGGCCCUUACUGGAAAUCCUGAUGCAGAAGGGGGAAAAAAAAAGAAAAAAAAGAAAAAAACACCUGAUGCACAAGGAAACAUCUCUAGACAUCAUCUGUAUAAGAGAGAGGGUGGAUCGAACAUAUGUUCAGAUGAGGGGGAUCCAAUGGUAAAUAUUUUACUUGAAGCAUUAUUGAAGAGUGACGAGGUUUCCGAAGCAUUUAAGCAAGAAAUCCACAAGAUGGCCAAAUUAAUAAAGGACCUUAAAAAGGAAAACACCUUCAUGAAGAGCAAAUGCGAUAAAUCAGAUAUCACCAUCAUCCAACUGGCCAACGAGCAUGAAAUCUUGAAGAAACAACUGGAGCAAAUGAGAAAUCAAAAGGACAAACUAGAAUCGCUGUGUCGAUCACUCCAAGCAGAGAGGAUGACAAAUUCAGCUGCAAGCAAUGGCUCAUAUAGUAUUCCAGACUAAGCACUGAACUCAGCUGUUUGGCGUGGUAUAAACUAGAUGUGGAUUCUAAGUGUUGAUGAUGUUAAAUAUGCCAAUAAUUUAGGUUGUCCUAACAAAUUUUGUUGGCAGAGUUGAGUGAAUUUUUGGUGUUUCAGCCAUGAUCAAGAAACACUGGAUUUAUUCCCAA